AUGCACUGGUACUCAAACCCCGCAAUCGUUGUAGCUGUUUUUGGUAUUCUGGUGGCUGUUAUUAUAUUUGGUUCUCCGAGGUCACCCCGUGUGAUUGAGCCAGUAAAUCCUGAUGAUCCAGAUAAACUCCCGGAUGGCAUUAAACGAACUGUUCUGGUUGCUGGCGGAGGACUUGCCGGACUAUCUACUGCUUUAGAACUAGCCGAACGAGGUUAUGACGUCACUAUUCGAGAAGCAUCGGAUGUAAUCGGGGGUCGAUUAUUUGCAAAGCCCGUUGAAGUGUUAAAUCGUACAUUUUACUUGGAGCAUGGAUUCCAUGGCUGGUUUUAUAAUUAUUAUCAGUUUAAAGACAUACGCAAGAGGCUAGACAUUGAUCACAAUUUUAAACCAUGGGGUCCUGUGCACAUGAUAUUCAGAGACCAUAAACCCGAGAUUCUGUAUAGUGAAGGUCCGUACCCAUUGAAUCUAUUGGCCAUUGUAUAUCGCAGUCUGAACAUUAAUUUUUGGCAAGCUUUGACAACAGUUCUGGCAAUACCAGACUUGUUUUGGUUCAACUACGACGAGGUGUAUGAGAGACACGAUAAUAUUUCUUUAGCUGAGUGGGCUCAGAUAUAUCACGUGAAUACCAAUUUCUAUGACAUUAUAAUGCAACCGUCCUUGUCCGUGACAAUGAACGAAAGAGAAACUCUCAGCGCGGCAGAAAUGUUGAUGUACAUGCAAAUUUACUUCCUCAAUAACCCAAAGGCUGAUUAUCGUGAAGUGACGACAGUUGAUCAUUUUACUGGGAUUCUUGAGCCAUGGGUGAAGAAACUCAAGUCAUUUGGAGUAAUAAUCGAGCUGAACUCUACUGUUGAGGGUUUUGUGUUUGAUAACAAAACUGGUAACAUCAUUUCAGCAGAUGACAAAAACUACGAUUAUUUCGUGUUAGCAACCGACUUCGGUGGAGUUCGAGACAUCAUGAAAUCCAGCGCUAACCGAUACGUGAAUAACGCACUGGUUCAUAAUAACAUACAGCGGUUCAUGGGUGGCAUUGACGGGCUUGCAAUUGCACCUCCGUAUAAAGUGAUUCGAAUAUGGUUCGAUAAACAGAUCCCGAAUGCCCCUGAUAUAUUACAAUGCCCUGAACACUACCCGAUUAACCUAAUCGCGCAGUAUCAUUUACUGGAACGCGAGUCUGCCAUCUGGGCCAAUAAAACCGGUGGAUCGAUAAUGGAGUUUCACCUUUACACUUGGAAAUACGGACCUGUUUCAGACAGUGAAGUCUGGGGCAUUAUCUCCCCAACGGCAAUGGAGAUCUUUCCAGAAAUUAUUGAGAAGAACUUCAAAAUUUUAGCUGUGAAUGUAUUUUCCUAUGAAAAUUUCCCCUCUUUCCAGGCGGGGUCAAAUAGACAUCGCCCAAUGUCGCAUUUUGCGAAGAGUUGUGGGAUAUCUAACUUGAUGCUCGCCGGUGAUUGGCUUAGGACGUCGUAUCCAAGCGCCCUCAUGGAACGGGCUGUUUCCACUGGACGAGAGGCGGCCAAUCAUAUCCUGCUAUCAGAUCACGUGAAACAAGUUCCAUUACUUGUAGCGUCAUCGCUCGGCCCAGGAAUACUUUCUGCUUGGUGGUGA